CCGCUGCUCCCCUUCUCUGCUGUUUAGUGCGUCGAGCGGCGGAGGGAAGUGGAGUUCGCGCGUCGUGUUGUGCGUCCGUGGACCAAACAGCAGCAGCAGCAGCAGCGGUGCGCCUUUCCUCCUCCAGAGCCGCAGGCAUCCCGGGGAGCAGCCGCGCCGUGCAUGCCUCGGACACCAGGAGGAGGAGGAUACUGCCUUUCUUCUUCAUUAUUAUUUUGACUGAUUGAGACAUAGAUAUUCUUCAUUUCCCUCAUGGUAACCAACACCGAGCAGCCGGAGACAUGUGGAAUAAUCUGGGGAAACUGCACCGCUUCUCUCUAGUGUGUCUUCUCCUGACGCUGUGGGCUGAGGUGUCUCAGUCCACGGGUUACUUCGAGCUGCAGUUGAUUUCGGUGGAAAACCCCAAAGGUCAGCUCCUGAACGGCGAAUGCUGCGACGCGGAGAAGAGCGCGGCGGAGGGCCACUGCGGCGCGGACGAGUGCGACACGUACUUAAAAGUGUGUUUAAAGGAAUACCAAACGGAGGUCACGACUAGCGGGCCGUGCACCUACGGCUCGGAAACUACUAAGGUUAUCGGUGGGAAUACUUUUCAGUUCAAGGGCGGACAGAAAACCGGACAGAACCGGAACAAUGACGCCGGGAAGAUCAUCAUCCCCUUCCAGUUCGCGUGGCCGCGAGCGUACACUGUGAUAGUGGAGGCGUGGGACAGGGACAACGGCACACACAGCAAUGAUGAGGAGCUGCUGAUUGAGCGCAGCAUCCACAAAGGGAUGAUCAACCCCGGAGAGGAGAAGCAGCCGGUGGAGUAUAAAAGCUUGAUCGCCAGCCUUGAGUACACCAUCCGGGUACGCUGCGACGAACACUACUACGGCAGCAAGUGCAACAAAGUUUGCCGUCCCCGCGACGACUACUUCGGCCAUUACGUGUGUGACCAGUUGGGGAACAGAGGCUGCAUGGAGGGCUGGACGGGGCCCGACUGCAAGACAGCCAUCUGCAAGCAGGGAUGCAGCCUCCAGCAUGGGACGUGCAGCGUGCCGGGGGAGUGCAAGUGUAACUACGGCUGGCAGGGUCCGCUCUGUGACGAGUGUUUGCCGUAUCCCGGCUGUGUUCACGGCACCUGCAACGAGCCCUGGCAGUGCACCUGUGAGAAGAACUGGGGAGGUCUGCUCUGUGAUAAAGAUCUGAACUACUGUGGGACCAACCGGCCCUGUAAGAACGGAGGGACAUGUAUGAACACAGAGCCGGACGAGUAUAACUGCGCCUGUCCCGACGGCUACUCGGGCAAGAACUGCGAGAUCGCGGAGCACGCCUGUGUGUCCAACCCCUGUGCCAACGGAGGGACGUGCCAUGAAGUCCCCUCAGGAUUUGAGUGUCACUGUCCGGCAGGCUGGUCUGGGCCGACCUGUGCUAAAGACACAGAUGAAUGUGCCUCUAGCCCCUGUGCUCAGGGAGGAACCUGCAUGGACAUGGAGAACGGCUUCGAAUGCAUCUGUCCUCCACACUGGACGGGCAAGACCUGCCAGAUAGACGUUAAUGAGUGUGCGGGGAAGCCUUGCCUCAAUGCUUACUCUUGCAAAAACUUGAUUGGUGGAUAUCACUGUGCCUGCUUUCGUGGAUGGGUUGGCCAGAACUGUGACAUCAAUAUGAACAGUUGCCAUGGUCAGUGUCAGAACGGAGGGACCUGCAAGGAGGUGGCCAGAGGCUACCAGUGUGUUUGCCAGCCAGGAUUCGUGGGUCGGCACUGCGAGGUUCAGAGAAACCGCUGUGCCAGCAGUCCAUGUAGGAACGGUGGCCGCUGCCACGCCCUGCUGGACGGGUUCAUGUGUGAAUGCCCGCAGGGCUUCGCUGGUACAACUUGUGAGGUGCAGAAUGACCCCUGCAGCCCGAACCCAUGUCACAAUAAGGCCCAGUGCCACAGCCUGAUGGGAGAUUUCUACUGCAGCUGCCCCGAUGAUUACGAGGGCAAAACCUGCUCAGAGCUCAAGGACCACUGCAAGACCAACCGCUGUCAAGUGAUUGACAGUUGCACUGUAGCCGUGGCAACCAACGACACCCAAAAGCGGGUGUGGCACAUCUCAUCCAAUGUGUGCGGUCCUCACGGCCGCUGCAUCAGCCUGCCUGCUGGGAACUUCAGCUGCUCAUGUGAGCCGGGAUUCACUGGCACCUACUGCCAUGAGAACAUAAACGACUGUGCAUCAUCCCCCUGUAAGAACGGAGGCACUUGCAUCGACGGGAUCAACUCCUUCGAGUGUUUCUGCCCAGACGGCUGGGAGGGCAGUCUAUGCGAUGUCGAUGUGAAUGAGUGCAACAGGAACCCCUGUCAGAACGGAGGCCAAUGUGUCGAUCUGCUCAACGACUUCUACUGCAACUGUGUGGACAACUGGAAAGGAAAGACCUGCCACUCACGUGAGAGCCAGUGCGACUCUACCACCUGCAGUAAUGGAGGGACGUGUUACGACCACGGAGACUCUUUCCUGUGCAGCUGCCCCUCAGGCUGGGGUGGCAGCACCUGCAACACAGCCAAGAACAGCACAUGUGACUCGGGUCCUUGUGAGAACGGAGGGACGUGUGUCGGAGGGGGAGACGCCUUCACCUGCAUCUGCAAGGACGGCUGGGAGGGACUCACCUGUGCACAGAAUGUCGACGACUGCAAUCCCCAUCCUUGCUACAACGGAGGCAUCUGCGUCGACGGUGUGAACUGGUUUCGCUGCGAGUGUGCCCCGGGAUUCGCCGGACCCGACUGCCGCAUCAACAUAGACGAGUGUCAGUCGUCUCCUUGUGCCGAAGGUUCGACCUGCAUGGAUGAAAUCAACGGCUACCGCUGUGUUUGUCCUCCAGGACACGCUGGACCUCGCUGUCAGGAGUUUAUCGGACUCGGGAAGUCAUGCCGUCACGCUGGCCUGCAGUUUCCUCAUGGCAGCCGGUGGGAGGAGGAGUGUAACGCGUGCCAGUGUGUCAACGGAUACGUUCGCUGCUCUAAGGUGAGGUGUGGUCGUCGGCCCUGCCUCCUCUCGAAGGCUCUGCCUCCUCCUGCAGACGCAAACGCCCCGUCUUGCCCCGGAGGUCAUGAAUGUGUGGAGCAUCAGUUCCUCACCUGCUUCUCGCCGCCAUGUCACCAGUGGGGUGUGUGUUCAACGCCAGACCCUCCAACGCCCCUGCACACCCAGUGUGAGCCCAACAGUGGUUACCUUGACAACAGCUGUGCUCGCAUCACGCUCAUCUUCAAAAAGGACAAAGUGCCUCAGGGCACCACUGUGGAGAACAUCUGCUCCGAGCUGAGGUACCUUCCUGUAACUCAGACGCUGGCCGAGGAGCGAGCGCUGCUCAUCCUCUGUGACCUGUCCUACUCAAACAGUGAUGCCGUGGAGGUCGCCAUGUCCUUUGAGCAGGACGGGCGGUCGAAGGACAGCGAUCGUGGACAGAUCCAGAGGGCGGCAAGCGCCAUCAUCAACGCCCUCUCCAAACGCCACAACAGCACCGUCAUGCUGGCAGUGGUGGAGGUCAAAGUGGAGACGCAGGUGGAGCCGCCGCCUGUCGGUUACCUGGUCCCAGUGCUGUGCGUCGUCUUCAGCGUCCUCUGGAUCUUCUGCAUCGUUGUUUGCGUCUGGUGGACCCGCAAGAGGAAGAAAGAGCGCGAGAGAGCGGCCCGAUCCGAGGACACGACCGUCAACAACCAGCUGGAGCCGCUGCGGAGCAACGCCCUCAAGGACAACCGCGACAAAGACAUUCAGUACGAAUGCAAGAAACUGAUGGGCCCCUCCGACAGGACGGGCGACGGGGCCGAGGGCGAGGAGGAAGGGGAGCAGGAGGGGGAGCAGGAGGAAGACGAGGAGAGGGCGCUGGGCAUGGGGGAGAAGUGUCCGCCGCAGAAGUGCUCCAUAGCGGGGGCACAGGACAGGGGGGUGAUGGGUAAGGGAGGGGUGAUCUGCACGUCACGCAGCGGUCCGGUCAAGGCGCCGCACCGGACAGCGUACAGCCCCAAAGACAACCGGUGUAAAAACCUGAACGCCGCCAAGCUCAGCGAGGACAUUAAAGACCACUAUGUAUGAACACAUGAGCGGAGGAGGAGGGACCUUCCUGAAUCAAAGAAAAAUGAACUGCAAUGUCUUCAGCGUCACUGACUUUUCAACUCUUAAAAGCACCAAAAGUGAAGAUUACAGAUGCUUUAAUUUUCUAUUUUUGUUUGUCACACCUUAUUUAAUGUCUUUGUCUGCAGCACGGAGGCUUACUUUACCAAAAAACUACAAAAAAAUACAGAAAACGAACAAAAAAAAAGACGGAAAAUAAACAACACAGCUUCUGGAUUUCUGGUUUUCUCGUCACACUGUUGGAAUCAAGAAGAAUUUUCUUUUCACGGCUCCUGAUUUUUUUCUGUUUACAAACUGUUUUCAUCAGAACUAACGCUUCCCUUCUGUUUCUCUGUCGGAGAUCUAACUGGACGCCAUCGGCUGGCAGCUGUUAACAUUGUUUCUACUGUUCCUGUCUGCCUUAGCCCAAACCUGCGGGCCUUUUCUACACUGUCUUGAUAUUGUGUCUUUUUAUAAAAGAAAACUCAAAAAAAAAAGUUUUAUAUACAUUUAAGUCCUUGAAAGUUGGCACAGAGAAUCCACUGUAUGAUACCCAGCAUGAGCAUUUUUUUUUUGUUUACAUUCAUAAACAUCUUUUCCAUUUUGUGUUGAGGCUUAAAGGUUCUUACGUAUAUCCUUUGAAAUGAUUAUGUCACUGCUUCCUGCGAGUCCACAUGAUGAUUUUUCAGUAUUUGCUUUGGUAGAAAAGUGCCUUCAGCCCUUAUUUUUUUCUCCUUUCCUCUCCUCCUAUAGAGUUUAUGCAGAAUUUAAAAACAUAUAAAGGGAAAGAUGUCCUAGUAACAACUCUUCAUACCACAGUAAAGGUUAUUUUCUUUGCGAUGUGUACAUAUGUAAAUAUGAGAAAAAAAUGGCUGUGUAUAUUUGAAUUUAGUAACUUAAGUGAUGCUUUGUAUGAUAGUUAUUCUAAAGACUGUUUUUGUGGUUGAUGUUUUUUUUUUUUUUUUUAAUGGUGUCAUUCCGUUUAUUAGUGUCUGUCGACACUAGGACAGGUUUUAUACAGAUGUUCGGACUGUGUCCAGGGUCCCACUGAAUCAUGAGCAUUGGUUUAAAAAAGAAAACUGUUUGUUUUUAUGUGUUAUGGUUAUUUGUUACAGCUGUUCAGAACACAGACACGGAGUUUGGAGAGCUGUUUGUUCGGCCUGUCAGUCAUUGUGAGAGGUUGUUAGGAUGUGAGAGGCGUCGACUACCAGCUCAGUAGUCAGUGUUACCUCCACAGAAACCUCCUCUCCAACAGUCCUGUUCAUUUCAACUGUUUUUUGAUCCUGUAAAAAACAGACUCCCCCUCAUAUGCAAGAUUUCUUUAACAGCUAUUAAAGGUUUAGGUUUCUGAGA